AUGGCGGACGUUUGGGUUUCCACGGGAAAACGAUAUUGCGAAAUUUGCAAGGUUUGGUUCGGCAACAACAAAGCCUCACAGGAUCAUCAUGAUCGUGGCGAGCGGCACAAGGCGAUGUUGGCGAACAAAAUCCGCGAAACAAUGCAGAAAGGGAAGAAGCAGGAGCUCGCGAACGCGAAACUCAAUGCAACGCUCGCCAAAAUGACGGCGGCGGCGACAUCAACGAUGGCAAAACGCGGAGAAGGCAUCAUUCAGGGACCACAAUUGCCUUCAAUGGGCCUUCAAAUGAACAUUUUUGAUCCGAACAAGUUCAAGGACGUUGGCUCAAUGGCCAAGGAAAUGUCAGCGAGGAGGGAUGGAAUUAGAAAGGGAAUAUCUGGUGCAGCUCCUCCCCCGGCAGCAAAUCAUCCAAUGAAAAUAACCAAGGAUGAUGUUGUAUCGGCUUAUCGAGAUUUGACAAAUCCGCAAGCCGCCGGUGCUCAAGGACCUGCUCUUCCAGAAGCGUACGCUGUCAAAUAUUUGCCGGAAACACAGACGAAAUGCGCAGAGAUUUGUUGGGUUCGCGCCAAAUCUGAAGAGGGAACGUAUUAUUGGAAUCUGUUCGAUAAUUCGACAAGAUGGGACCAACCGUCCCAUUUCUACACCGAAGAGCAGUAUGAGGAGAAAGUGCGAGAGUUCGAGGAGAACCGAAAACGCAAUUAUUAUGGGCUCGAUGAGGUGAAGGCGGUGAAGAUGGGAAAACAGGAUGUCGAGGCGUAUAUCAAGUCGCAAAUCGCGCAAAGCGGAUUGGCGAAUCUUGUCGAGACGAAUCGGAAGGAAUUGAACAUCGUCGAUCGGUCGGAGAAAGGAAGGAAAGCGGAGAAGCGGAGGCGUUGGGAGGAGCGGCAGAAGGAGCAGCAGCGAUUGGCCGAGGAGGAGCAACAAACUAGGAUGGCCGCCGAAGAGGCCACAGUUAACCUGGAUUAUGAUGGAAUUCCAUUGCCUGAAGAGGAGCCGACGUCAUCGUCUCAACCUCAACCUGAGAUCAUCAUGCCGCCGCCACCUCCAGCUCCGGUUUAUGAGGUCAAGCAGGCGAAGGAGCCCGAAAAGAAGGAUGAGCCGAAGUUCUUACCGCCAGCGAUUGGAGGUUGGAUUCGAAUCAAACCUGAAGAGAAACCAGAUAUCCCUUAUGAAUCACCGUUGACGAAGAGGUUCCGAGAAGAAGAAGAACAAGAGAAAAUUGCUGCAGAGAUUCGAGAAAAAGAAGAGCCGAAGAUUGAAUUUGAAGAAAAAACCGCAGCAGUAAUGACGAAAAAAAUCAAAGGUCCCAUCGAAUUCAAAAAGAAGACAGGUCCAAAAAAUAUCAGAAAGCGAGGCGAAGCCGAUUGA